UUUCCCUCCUUUUCGCGCCGUUUUGCGUGUCUCGCGGUCUUACUUUCGGCUCGCUUUCAUUUUUCUCACUCUAUAAGGCUCUUGACUCGGACGGUGAGCGGUGAGCGGCGAGGCGGUGUACGAGAAUCAAGCCGGAACGCCCCGGAAAUUUUUGGUCUUCGAGGUGCAGGUUCUCCUGGAACUUGAAAUGCUUAUCAAGAGCCACGGAACAGGGCUAGACUUAGGAUCCCUGGGCGAUUCGUAUGGGUUUUCAGCUGGGACGAUGCGCAGCCGGAGACUGGUGACUUGGGGAAGGGUUGAUAAACGGCCGGAGCAGGCACGGACCUCGAGCUCUCGCCAAACAUAUCGAGCCCCGGUAUUCACUCGAACGAUUCGGGGGCGUCACUCGUUUCCCCUACUUGUACGACUCUCUUUCUCCUAGAGUUGCAAUUCGAUCGCAAUCGACGUCAUAGAGAAGACCUUGGAAUCUCGGCCCCGAUGCUUAGCCUAUCAUCCAUUGUCUACUAAUAGCAACAACGCAUUCUCAUUCAUUCGGCGCCGAAUCAUUCACCCACACGGGCCGAGCACAUCAGUCUUACGUGAAUUGACCUUCUCACCCCACUCAAUUCAACCGCAACAUGCGCCCACCAGCAUGGUUUCACACGUCGGUGGAGCGGGAUUCUGAUAGGCGGGCAAGGGAGGACACCAAUGAAGAGUUCGCUCUCCUCCCACCAUUAUCACACCUUCCACCUACAGCACCUUCACCUCCAGCACCGCUCUCUCCUAUCCCAGAGCACGCAGCUUCACGUCAACCGUCUGUAACGUCGACGAGGAUCACAACGUCUGCAAGCUCACGCACUAUCUCCCCUUCGCCGCUUGGGCUGCAUCCUUCCAACUUUAGGAUGAACCCGCCAGCAGAGGGAAAGAAGGCCCGACGUGUGCAGUGGGCACGCUCAGAGCAGGGGGAUGAACGCCGAGCAGGCAACGGAGAGGGAGAGGGAGUACGAGAACGAGAGGAAGACGGAGUGGGGGUGAUCGAGGCGGGUCCGGAUGCACAAAAUCUUAGGGAGAGGAGAGAGAGGCGCAGGGAGGAGGAACGGUGGGAGAGGGAGAGGCUGUCGAGGGAACUGGACGAGAGGGGGUUGGAU